AUGAACGAUAAUUAUAUUAACUAAUUGUUAGAAAAUACAUUUAAACUUAAAACAUUUAUUCCAACAUCCAUAAUCAAAAAGAAUGACUAUCAGAAUCACAUCUAGAUAAUCGCAAUGCAUAUUGACCAUUCAAUGAUAUUGAAUUUCUCUUCUUAUUCAACUUAAAUAAAACGAUAUUUCCAAAAUAGCUUUUCUUUUGCUUAUUAUUAUUCUAAUAAUGAAAAUUGUUCCUAAUGGGUAAUUUGCUUUCAACUCCAAAAUUUGAUAAAACUUUAGAAUUUGCAGCAAUAAAGCCUUUAAGGCUUAAUUUUGGAUCCACAUUUCAAAGAUACUACACAUUUUUGGAAUUAAUUAAUUUAUCAUAGCCGAUGCUUUAGUAGACAAACUUCUGUAAAUCUGAGUUUACGCUUACUUUAUUCAAUAUUUGUUCAGAUUGUUUAGAUAAAUACUCUCCAAAUCGUAAGAAUACCAAUUAAAGUUAGGAAGCUGUUGAUCAUGGUACUGGCAAUCUACUUAUGGAGUUAUUUUUCUACUCAAAUCCAUAUCUAGAUUAAAAUACUGCAAUUUAAGAUUUCUCAGGAAUUUAAAAAUAGUUAUGAUACAUUUUUUUUGACUUGGUAAUUUCGACUCUUAAUGAAAAGGGAUAAAGGAUUGAAUUUAUCCCUUCUACAUUUCUUUCCUCAUCAUCGAUUCAUAUCCCACUAAAAAUAAAAUUCUAACAUCUCAUCUUAAGGUCUCUUAUCUAUGAUCCUUCUCAUAUAGUGCUCAAUAAGGAUUCAGGACUUCUCAGAUUGA